AUGAUUUCAGACAAAGAAGAUGCAGUUAUUUCCGACGAAUUGAAUCACGCAUCGAUUAUCGAUGGUGUUCGUCUGUGCAAAGCAAAACGCUAUCGCUACAAGCAUUGUGAUAUGGCUGAUCUCGAGAAGAUUUUGAUCGAAACCAAAGGUGAUCAACAUCAUGCAAUUUAUCUGUUUUAUCCCCUUAGUUUAUCGAUGUAUUUUGGAUGA